AUGCAGUAUAGGAGACUUUUAGUAGUUCUAAGAAGAGGUAAACCUCACAUAACUACAUUGGGCAUAUUACAUGUUGCCCAAUUUAUAGUCUUAUGUGUCUGUUGUGGUCUGCAUUGUACAGAUAUAAUAGUAGAAACUUUAAUAAAAAAUAACAUUGAGAAUAAUCUUGUUGAUACUACAAUCAAAACUAGAGAAAAAGAACUACAUUUAGCAGAGAUUAGUGUUGCUUGUUCUGUAAUGAAUAGUACUACAAUGAAGGGUGUUGGAAAAUGCCUAUUAGAGUUGGUGAAUAACAAUUGUACUAAGAAAAUCAAACACAUUGAAGAUUCACCUACAGCUACUAAUAGUAAAUUGGAAUAUAAUUAUAAAGAAACUGAUAUAGAUGGAUUAUAUGAUGUUGAUGAAGCAAAGGAAAUUUAA